AGAGGGUGAAAUGGACCCCGCGUGACGUCAAAUAGUAGUGCCUGAGACGGGUUAGCAAACUCAAAACGAAAACACGGAGAGCUUUUGUUCUAUAUUUCUACAAAACAGAGCAAAAUGCCCAAAGUAAAGAGAAGUCGGAAGCCACCCCCGGACGGCUGGGAGCUUAUUGAGCCCACUCUGGACGAGCUGGAUCAGAAAAUGAGAGAAGCUGAAACUGAGCCUCACGAGGGAAAGCGAAAGGUGGAGUCCCUUUGGCCAAUUUUCAGGCUGCAUCAUCAGCGGAGUCGAUACAUCUACGACCUCUUCUACAAAAGGAAAGCCAUCAGCAGAGAACUGUAUGAGUACUGUAUAAAGGAAGGCUAUGCAGACAAGAACCUGAUUGCCAAGUGGAAGAAGCAGGGCUACGAGAACCUGUGCUGCCUGCGUUGCAUCCAAACCCGAGACACCAACUUUGGAACCAACUGCAUCUGCAGAGUCCCCAAGAGCAAGCUGGAAGUCGGAAGGAUCAUUGAAUGCACUCACUGUGGAUGCAGAGGAUGUUCUGGCUGAAUGAAGCUUUUGGACAUCCGGUCUUUCUUCCGUUGGGCAUCGGGGCUCACCCAGCCUCCAUCCGUGCACUCUCAAAGCUCCAAAGCAACCUUGUCUUCAUUUCAGUCGCCAAUCCUUGAGAUCUUCACCAUCAUGCUCAGUUUCCCUUUUUAUAGGGGUCUGUAUUUGGUACUUUUGAACAUAGGGGCGCAAAGAAGAGUACAUUGAGAGUGGCCAUAUUGUAUUACUUACAUUUGUUUCUUUUUAUACCUAAUUAUCGCCCUCAACUCCUAAAGCUCAAAGUAGGAUGUUGAGGUUAGCUGUUUCUGGAGAUCAGGCCUUUCAUUCCAGCUACCCACUGUGAAGGCCACUCAAAUUAUAAUGUUUCAUUUCAUUUAAAGAGGGCUGGGAGGGAAGUGACUUUUGUUUUGAAAUUUCAUUGUUUUAAAACGUUUUCUUCAUCAUUGUUCUUGUUGUGUGAUUUUAAAUAAAACGAUUCUGAUUUA